UGGGCGGGGCGGGCCGAUCUCGGCGCAGCCAGUCCCAGACCCGGCCCGGUCCGGUCCGGCCCACGCAGGUGGUGGGAGCGGCCUCCCCCUCUACUUCCUGCCGGCCCGGCCUGGCGCCUCCAUCCGCCAGGCAGUGGCCCCGACCGCCAGCCCCAGCACAGCCGCCAUGUCGUUCCGGAAGGUUGUGCGCCAGAGCAAGUUCCGCCAUGUCUUCGGGCAGCCCGUCAAGAAUGAUCAGUGCUAUGAUGACAUCCGCGUCUCCCGCGUCACCUGGGACAGCAGCUUCUGUGCUGUAAACCCCAAGUUCGUGGCCAUGAUCGUGGAGGCCAGUGGGGGAGGGGCCUUCAUGGUGCUGCCAGUGCUCAAGACAGGGCGCAUCGAUAAGUCGUACCCCACGGUGUGUGGGCACACGGGCCCUGUCCUGGACAUCGAUUGGUGCCCGCACAAUGACCAUGUCAUCGCCAGCGGCUCCGAGGACUGCACCGUCAUGGUCUGGCAGAUCCCAGAGAAUGGACUAACACAGCCCUUGACAGAGCCCGUGGUGGCCCUGGAGGGGCACUCGAAGCGCGUGGGCAUCGUCACCUGGCACCCGACCGCCCGCAAUGUCCUCCUCAGCGCAGGCUGUGAUAACGUGGUGAUCGUGUGGAACGUGGGCACGGCCGAGGAGCUGUACCGCCUGGACAGCAUGCACCCCGACCUCAUCUACAACGUCAGCUGGAGCCACAAUGGGAGCCUCUUCUGCUCCGCCUGCAAGGACAAGAGCGUGCGCAUCGUGGAUCCCCGCCGAGGGGUGGUCGUGGCGGAGAAGGAGCGUGCACACGAGGGAGCACGGCCCAUGCGUGCCAUCUUCCUGGCUGAUGGCAAGAUCUUCACCACAGGCUUCAGCCGCAUGAGCGAGCGGCAGCUGGCGCUCUGGGACCCGGAGAACCUGGAAGAGCCCAUGGCGCUUCAGGAGCUGGACUCCAGCAAUGGAGCCCUGCUGCCUUUCUACGACCCCGAUACCAGUGUCAUCUAUGUCUGCGGCAAGGGGGACUCAAGCAUCCGGUACUUUGAGAUCACAGAGGAGCCACCCUACAUCCACUUCCUGAACACCUUCACCAGCAAGGAGCCCCAGCGUGGCAUGGGCUGGAUGCCCAAGCGGGGUCUGGACGUCAGCAAGUGUGAGAUCGCCAGGUUUUACAAGCUUCACGAGCGCAAGUGUGAGCCCAUCAUCAUGACAGUGCCAAGGAAGUCGGACCUGUUCCAGGACGACCUGUACCCAGACACAGCUGGGCCAGAUGCAGCCAUGGAGGCUGAGGAAUGGGUGGCCGGGAAGACAGCAGGUCCCAUGCUGAUCUCGCUGCGCGAAGCCUAUGUGCCCAGCAAACAGCGGGACCUGAAAAUCAGCAAGAAGAAUGUGCUGCAUGAGAGCCGCCCAGCUCCCGCCUCCAGCACCGGCAGUGCCACGCGCCUCAGUGCCACGGCCGCGCCCGCCAUGGUGCCCAGCAUCAGCAUCAGCACUGCCCCUGGGGGUGGCGGGCGGCUGGAGGAGGUGCUGCAGGAACUGCAGGCGCUGCGGCUGCUGGUGAAGGAGCAGGGCGAGCGUAUCAGCAGGCUGGAGGAGCAGCUGAGCCGCAUAGAGAAUGGGGAUGUCUAGGGUGGGGGGGCACGGUGCCCCCCUCCUUAAAGGGAUCGCAUAAAGCAGGGUUUUGACUCUUCACCUCGGAGCUGCCAGUAACCCUCCCUGAAGUGAGGGGGGGCCCUGGGCCCCACUCCCACCUCUCCUCUUUCCGCUCUGCCACGGGGAAACCGCUCCCUUUUUUCUAUGAGUGACCAAAACACCCCACUUCUUAAAGGAGUGGGUGACACACACACACACACACACACACACACACACACACACACACACACACACACCCUUGCCUUAGGCAGUAUCGCCCCCUCCUGGAAGCUCCUCUCCCACUGGGCGGGGUCACUCACCCCAAGAAGCUGAUGUGCUGGGGGGUGAUUUCCUGCCUCUGUCAGCCCCAUGGUGGGGGAUGGUGCUGGGUUCAGCUCUGUGCUUUUCUUCCCAGCCCCAUGCAGGGGCCCCCCUCUGUCUGCGCAAGCCUCUCCCCUCCCAGCACACAUUUAGAGGAGACAAACGCUAAGCUCCACCCCC